GGGGGAGUGCCCCUCCACUCCUUUCCCCUCAUUCCUUUUUCCCUUUUCUUUUUCUUCUUUUUUGAAGCAUCUACAAUGGUCUGGUCUACAAAACUGGAGAGAGAACCCAGUCAACCACAACCGUUUCUAGGGACCCUCCGGUCCCCAAUCACUGGCACUUUCAGGAUAUGAUGAAGUAAAUGAUGGCCUAAUGGCAUUGAGUUCUUCUCUAGCAGAGAUAGACGCUUUGGUUCUCAACACUGCUGACCCUUUAACCAAAUCGAAGCUCUCUCACAUGGCUUAUUCUCUCUAGCCUCUCUCUCUAGUUCUGAUCUCUAAAUUCACUCUCAAUUUGUGUGUGCUCGAUCUUUCCCUCAUCUAAAGAAGAAGAAGAUGGAUAAAGAAGCUUUUCUUGGGGAAGAAAGCAGUGGUGGUGGGAGUAGAGAUCGGUCAUCACACUUCCCUCGAAGAUCAGACGCCAUCGCUUAUGGCUCACCUUACCAGAAGGCCGCUACUCUUGUUGAUUUGGCUGAAGAUGGUGUUGGUCUUCCUGAGCAAAUUCUUGAUCAGUCAAGCUAUGAAACUGCAGCAAAGUUUUACUUCAUAUUUGUUCAAUUUGAUUUACUUUGGUCCCUUAAUUUCUUUGCUUUGGUUGUUCUAAAUUUCCUUGAGAAGCCGUUGUGGUGUGCUGAGUAUUCUGCAUAUUCUUGCAGUAAUAGAGAGUACUAUUUUCUUGGAUAGUUGCCAUACUUAACUGGUGCAGAGUCUCUUGUUUAUGAGGGUGUAACUCUUAUCAUUCUCAUGAUACAUACCUACUUUCCCAUUUCUUAUGAAGGAUUUCAUAUCUACUGGAAAAAGUCAUCUUAAUCAAUUAAAGGGAAUUACGGGAGAGCAUCCUCAUCUUGGCUGGAAUGCUUAGCACAUACUUCAAUGUCGUGGCUCUUGGGUUUUUAUUUCUUCUGUUCUCCAGUUGGGUAGCGUAUGUCCUGUUUGAAGAUACCGAACAUGGGAAGACAGUUUUUACUUCUUUCGACAUAGCAUUAUAUCAAAUGUUUGUUUUGUUCACCACAUCUAACAAUCCCGAUGCCUGGAUUCCUGCAUACAAGGCUUCACGUUGCUUCAAAAGUCAGCUUGCAAAACAAGUAUCUGAAAAGGACUGUACGAGGAAAAUAAUUUUAGGGAAAGUCUUUAAUCUCAUUCAUAAAAAUAAUUGUGGAUAUUAACAAAAGGCAAUGUAUCCAUCUGUUUGAAGAGCUCAAUAAAUAUAGUUCUUGAGACCAAAGUGAAGAGCUUGGUGAGAGCAACAUUUUGAUCGGUGGAGAUCAAAAUCCGACAAAAUCGAAAAUUUGGAUUAGCUUUUCUUCGUACUUGAGGUAAGGAUUUUUCCUAUACUUCUUUAUGCACUUUUACUUGAUUAUAGGGAGUUUAGAGUUGUAUAUAAUUUAAUUAGAAUUUUUGAAAAAAAAUUGUGAUUUAUUUGC